UCUCUUCAACUGCUCACUACAUAGCUUUCUUAGUUUUGUUGGUUUCUGAUUUUGUUGGUUUCUGAUUUUCUGAAAUACUCAUUUUUGUAAAAGAAGACUGCUGAAAACAGAAAGAAACUUGUUGGCUUCUGAUUGUGCAAACUAUGACAACAGCUAGCAUUUCCGAGUUCCUCAAAUGCCCAAUUUGUACGGAAACUCUUGUCGAUCCUCGGACGCUACCUUGUGGUCACUCAUAUUGUGGACCUCCUAGAAAAUGUCUGGACUACAUCAAACUCGAAAGUGACCCCGCCUCGAAAUGCGCAGUGUGCAGCAAAGUUUUCCAAGUGAAAGUAAGUGAUUUAAACCCACUUUAUGGAAUUCGGGAAGCAAUCGAAGCCUUCUCUCUUGACAACAAGGUCGUUGAAAGAGGACAACCGUGCACUCAUGCUGAAUUAGAAUUUAAAAUGUGGUGUAGAGAUUGCAGCGUAGCUUUAUGUGUCCCCUGUGUUGAUGCGUAUCAUUCCAGCCAUUAUUUGAAUAGCUAUAAAGCGGUUUUAAAAGAGCAAGCAGAAAAGAUUCUUCCCGAAUUAGAAGGUCUAGAUUUGCAACUGUAUCAAAUUUCGAAUGAAAUUAAGCAGUUGCAAUUAAGACAAGAAGAAGUAGAAAAACGAGCUAAGUAUAAAACAACUGUCAGACAAAUUGCCGCCGGAAACACUGUAAGCCAAAGUCCAGAGUUAUUGGCUUUUCUAAAUUCAAAACUCACAGAUGUUCGACAACACUGGGUUGAUAAUUUUGAGCGGAAGUCUUUCGAGUUUAUAUUAGCAUUUAAAAAUGUACCCUUGCAAUUCGCAAAUUUGAAAGAAGAAUAUUCUUUGGAUUAUCAUGUUCGAGAUUUCCAAUUCCGCAUUAACAUCGACAUAAGGAAAUAUGAUGACAAAGAAUGGCUUAGCGCAUAUCUGAAGGUACUCCCUAUUAUACCAAAUGAAGAACCCUGGAAACUUAAGCUCGAAUACAGAAUCACUAUUCUGAACACAAACGUGGCUAAAAAUGUUGUUCAUGGAUAUUUCCCGGAUGUGUUUGGAAAUGGCGCUUCCUCUUGUGGUUGGAAGAAAUUCAUACUAUACAAGUAUAUUAUUAGUGAUCAGAGUGGAUUCAUUUUUGAGCCUACCACAAUAGCUGUCAAAACUGAGAUCAAAGAUCUCACGCUGCUUUGAUUCCAAUGACGACUAAUGAACCAAAAUAAGUGGUCUCUGACAUAUCAUUAUUUAAACACAACUGA